AUGGUGGAUCGAAUCGGAUGGGCGGCCAUUAAUCAUAUCAAUCAAUAUAAAACUGCAUUGUUGGAAAGUGAAAAAACUAGAAGAGGAAAACGAAUGAUAAUGGAAUAUGAGCGAACUUUCUCUGAUCUUGAUGAAGAAAAGAAACAACAGGAAAAAUUGAAAAAGUCCAACAAAUUGUGAGUUUUGAAAUUUAGAAAUAGUUUAACUUUAUGUUUUUUUUCCUCCCCCAUAGGCCUUCUGAAUCCCCAUAAGCCUUCUGAAUCCUCCAUGGGCCUUCUGAAUCCUCCAUGUGUAUUCUGAAUCGUUCAUGUGUCUUCCUCCUCAUAUCUUCCCUCUCUUCAUCCAAAAAAAAAAACAAAAUUCAAACCGCCGCCGCACUCUCCCCCAUUUGAAUUGCCGCCGCUGCGGUCUUCCCCUCGAGACACAAGCCACGCCCACUCCCCUACAAAUUAUUUUUCUCUCUCCUAAAAUCACUUCUCUUUUUCAUUUUCUCUCAUUUUCUCUCAUUUUUGUUGGUUUUUUUUGCUUCUUCUUUUGCUUUUCGUUGUUUCUUUUAUAAAUUUGUAAUUUAAUAAUUGUUUUGCAGCUCCGCUUCGAUUUAUCCUGUUUUUGCCACCAAAAAAAUGCCGCCAAAGAAGACAGCCGCCCCGCCAUCAAAGGAGCCCAAGGUUAGUUUAUUUUCUUUGGGAAUUAGGAAAAAUUAAAAAAUGUCUUUGAACUUUUUAAUUCAAAUGAUAUUUAGAAAUUUUGAACUAUCUGAACAAUAUUGAUUUUCGAAACAUUUCGAAAUGUUUCGAAAAUCACUGUUUGGGAGAUGUGAGUCUUGAUUUGUUUUUUGAACGCAUUUCAGUGUUUAGAAAUGGCAUCCCAAGCUUUUUCAAUGAGUCUAAAAGACAAAUCAAGACUUUAAACUCAAGUUGUUGAUUUUCGAAAUGUUUCGAAUAUUUUCGAAAUGUUUCGAAAAUCGCCACUUUCAUUAUUUGUAAAGAUGUGAGGCUUGAUUUGUCUUUAAAAUGCAUUUUAAUGUUCAGAAAUGUCAUUUCAAGCUCUUUCAAUGCAUUUAAAAUACAAAUCAAGCCUCACAUCUUCUAAAAAAUGAAAUUAUUGAUUUUCGAAUAUUUUCGAAACAUUUCGAAAAUCAAAAAUUUGCUUUUGAAGUCUUGAUUUGUCUUUUAGACCAACUGAAAGACCUUGGGAUGUCAUUUCUAAACACUAUUCUAAAAGAUCUAGGUAAUUUUACCAGAUUUUCAAAUAUUAGCCAGAAUAUAUUUUUUUUUCAAAUAUAACUACAAACAUAUUUUCAGAAUCCACGAAAUCGAACAAGAAUUGAUCCAAAAACAAGUAAUCAAUGA